AUGUCAGCAACUCCUGAUCAUCCGAAAUCAUUCUUGAUCUACGUGAAAAUGACUCAAUUUGUUACUCAAUUCAGCUUCUUCUUCACAUUCUUUUUCUGUUACAUUCUAACAUUUCUAACAGCUUUUGGAGUAAAACGAAAUUACGGAAGCUAUAAAUAUUUAUUGACUCUUUUCCCGAUUGUUGGAAUAUUCUUUGCCACAAUUGAGCUGGUUUUGUAUCCGAAUGUCUACUCGCACAAUGCCGGUUAUGUCUUCUACAGUACCAGCCGCCCAUUUGGUAUGAGUCAAGACACUGUAACAUUCUGUCUGAGCUUCUACGCAGGUGUCUAUGCAACCACUAUAUCAAUGAUAGCCGUUCAGUUUUUGUAUAGAUAUUGGGCAAUUUUUGACACCGAACUGCUUGAAAGAUAUAACCUCGAUAUAUCCAAAGUAGCUGCAACAACUCUAGUCGCUUACAACUCCACCGGUUCCAUCCGAUGGUUUAACAUUUCUUCGAUAAUUGUAUUAACAUGCAUUAUGACUAUUCAAUAUUCUGUAAUUAUCUAUUGUGCUGUCUGGAUGUAUGUCGGAAUGGAGGACAAACUUCAAAUGUUAUCUCUUUCCCUGAAAAACCUCCAUAAACAAUUCUUCAAAACUCUCAUUCUCCAAAUCGUGACCCCCACUAUCACUCUAUUUUCUCCAGUUAGUCUCAUUCUUUAUCUACCACUUUUUGAUCUAGAAUGUGAUUUACCAACUGGAAUGUUCUUAUGUGCAGUUACACUCUACCCUGCAAUGGAUGCUAUCAUAGUUAUGUAUAUUGUGGCAGACUACAAGAAAGCUGCCAAAAGAAUUGCCCGCCAGUUUUUGGAGGAAUGUCAGAGGUUAUUGGGAACUGUGGAGACGGAGGAUGUUACCAUUCAGACUGAAACGAAGAUUCAUAAUACGCCGGCUCAAAUUAAUUGGACCUAA